AUGCGUACCAGUGUCCUCUUCACGUUAGCGGCGGCGUUGGCCGCCGAAACCAUCUGUGCCUCUGACCACGACUGCUACCCGAAGGUGUUCGUCCCCACCAACGACUGGCAGGAGAUCCGCCCCGGCCAGGACAUCCCCCCGGGGCUCCACGUCCGCCUCAACGUCGACACGUUGAAGCGCGAGGCCAAGCUCAUGGCCGACGACGAUUCCGGCGACGUCAACGCCGUCUACGUCAACCCGGACCACCAGGAACAGGUGGCAAUCUACAAGCCCCAGCUCCACGAAAACAUUGACUCGUGGCAGGCGGCGGUCGACGAGAUCUUGGGCGGGGGCACCCGCCUCGAACCCGCACUCGACAUCGUUGCUGACCUCUCCCACGACUUGGAGCACGGCGCCAAGCUUACCCACAACCCCGAGAUCUUCCCUAGACUCCUCGUACUUGCCAAGGAACACCCCGACCUCCAGGACUCCAUCUACCGCAUCAUGGCCUCGCUGUUGCGCAACAACCCCGACGCCGUCCAGCAGGCGCUUGAUCUGCCUCAUAACGACGCCACCGUGUCUGAAUUGCUUCGCCAGCUUCCUUCGAGUGACGACACCCUCCAGAAACGCAUUUUGGGCGUGGUGCUGCCCCUCACUACUCCCAGCCAGUUGAUGGAGUACUACCCUUACUUAGGCCCCGAAGCCCGGCUGCGGUUAUUUAACAUUCUCGAGGACGACCUGGCGAAGCGGGACCAGGGCCAGGCCCCCGACGAACAGGUGCUGGUAUACUUGCAGAAGCGGGUGCCGUUAGUGCCCAAGGACAAGUUCGACAACUACUUGGACGCCCUCAUUGACUUGCACAAGAACAACGAGGACCUCAAUGCCAACGACGAGUUCCUCACCUGGUUGGCGGACGAGGUGGAGAAGACGAAGGGGGCGAGCCCCGAGAUGCACAAGCGCUUGCUUGAUGCUCGCCACAACGUGUUUGGUAAUCCGAUGGCCAUGCGCAAGGCCUUAGCUGAUGAGUUAUAG